UCCUCCUACAUUCCUUCGCGCGCGACCUCACGAUCCCUUAUUUCGGUACGCGACUUACCGCUCACUAUCAUCGCGGAAACUGACGACCUGUUGGUAAUAAAUAAGCCUCCGUCAUUGCCUGUGCAUGCAUGUGGUCAAUACGCUAUACAUACGGUCUUGGGACAAUUACGGUACAACCACGAUCGACAUGGACUUCGAGUUCUGCAUCGGUUGGACAGAACCACUUCUGGUGUGCUGAUGUUUGCAAAGAACUACGAAACUGACCUUGAAUUUAAAAAAACGUUGAAAAACGGAAACUGGUCAAAGGAGUACGUUUGCAUGGUCGAAGGCGAAUUCCCUGAUGAAGAGAUCGAAUGCAAUGAACCGAUUGAUGUCUUGGUCGUUACCAUGGGCAUCCAGUGUGUUCGGCAGGACGGGAAGACGGCCCACAGUCGAUUCAAGAAGAUAUGGUCUGACGGGAAACGAUCCGUGCUCUCUGUAAGCAUAACAACCGGUCGCACCCAUCAAAUCCGUGUACAUGCCCAAUAUUUGGGUUUUCCUAUUGUGGGUGACCAAAUCUACAACUCGACUGCGUGGGGUAUCACGAAAGGAAAGAAUGCCGAGUAUGGAAAGCCCUACGACCAGUUAUGUAAAGACAUACGUGCCGCCCACUGUUCUUCUAACUGGCAUGAAACUGUGGAUCCACAAUAUGAAGCAAAAAUGGAACGGAUGGCUAAUGAGGAGUUGGUUCCGGAACCUGCUGACCUUCAAAUUCAAGACCGGCCGACAUAUGAUCCGAUUUGCUUGAACUGUAACGUUAUAAAAAAGGAGGUACCAGCUGGACACUUUCAACUGUAUCUCCAUUGCCUUAAAUACUCGACAGAUAAGUGGAGUUACAGUACACCACUUCCAGAUUGGGCUAUCCAACCUCAGAUUGUAAAAUAG